GCUCCCGAGACAGCGCGAAGCCACCGGCCGCCGAGUCCCGAGCAGCGCGUGAAUCCAGAGGAGCAGAAUGAGCUCGGCAGCGCGGGAGAUCCUGGGCCUGGGGCUGUGUGUCCUGGGCUGGGUGGGGGUCAUCCUGGUCUGCGGCUUGCCCAUGUGGCAGGUGUCCGCCUUCACCGACGGCCACAUCGUGGUGGCGCAGACCACCUGGGAGGGGCUGUGGAUGAACUGCGCGGUGCAGAGCACGGGCCAGAUGCAGUGCAAAGUCUACGACUCCAUCCUGGCGCUGGAUCCCCACAUGCAGACGGGCCGGGCGCUCACCGUCCUGGUGACCCUGCUGGGGCUGGUGGCGCUGAUGGUGACCGUGGUGGGGGCCCAGUGCACCACCUGCGUCCGAGCCGGCAAGACCAAGUCCUGGAUCGUCAUGACCGGCGGGGUCCUCUACAUCCUCUGCGGGCUGCUGGUCCUCAUCCCCGUCUCCUGGUUCGCCAACAUCAUCAUCAGCGGCUUCUACGACCCCAAAGUGCCCAACUCCAUGAAGCGGGAGAUGGGAGCCGCGCUCUACAUCGGCUGGGCGGCCACGGCUCUGCUGCUCCUCGGGGGCAGCCUGAUUUGCUGCUCCUGCUCCUGCCCCGGCGAGGGCGAGAACGCCUUCCCCGUCAAGUACUCGGCCUCCGCCCGGCGGCCCACCUCCAACGGGGAGUACGACAAGAAGAACUACGUCUGAGGGGCCAGGGACGGAGCCGGGCUGCAGCUCCCAGCCGGAGCCUGCCCUGGGCCCGGCUCCCUCGCCGGAGAUGCUUGAAAUGACUCGCGCGGACUCCGGGGAGGCGAGCUCCGAACUGGACUGUGCGCAGGUACCGCUCAGUGGCACAAGACCCGCCCGGCUGCGCGCCUGGAGCUCGCCCCUGUUUGAGCCUUGCAAACGUUAAACAGAAAGGACCACCGGCGUGAAUUCGGUCUCUCUUCCCCCCUCUUCUGUCUCCGCCGGGAUGAGCGGUAAAUCGGCCGGUCAUCCAGUGGCUGGCACUGCUUCGCCUUAACUGGAAGGGGGUUGUUUGCUUUGAGAUGUAUGCUAUGUAACAUGCAAGCGAGUUAACCCAUUGCUGCAGGACUAUGAACCACAGAGCGGGUGCUCAGGGCUUUUUUUUUUUUUAAACUACUUUGUGACUAAUUACAAACCUGCACCUGCUUAUUUAAUUUGAUUACUAUUACUGUUGCCCCCCAAAUGACCUACCGGAUUGUUUAUGUGUCAUUAGAGAAUAAGAUAAAGUCUGCGUUCUCCAUCCGAUUGUGGAGAAAUGAGAACUCUCUUAAAACAAAGCCUCUUAAGCAGCGAAUUCAUCUCCCUAGCCGGGGAAUCAUCCUUCCCUUACUGUCUUUUUUUAUAAUUGAAAAAAGUUUCAUUGUGCUGUUGUAAUGUGCUGCCUUGCCGCUGUACAAACCCGAGUGAACACAUGGCUAAUGAAAUUAACUAACCUAAACUCUGCGGGGCAUCGGUCUAAGCAGUUAGGACGAUUGUGGUACAGGAUUUUACAGAACUAGUUCAGAACUCAACACUCCUUAUUUGUUAACCCUGUUUUUAUAAUAAAAAACAAACGAGAUUGUCUAUAUUUUAUAUGUAUAUUUUUAUAUUCUAGCCGCAUGUUUUGUUAUUAUAAAGAUGUACGAACUAUUGGGAGCAGGAAUAGGUGACAGCCCAGCACUCGAAUUUGGUAAUUAACAACCAGUGUCUGGUUGUUUGAGACAAACUUUGGAAGGAGGCGGGGUAUGCUAGGGCAUCAUGCACAACUAGCAACUUGUUCUCCCAUUUUGUGUCCAGAACAACCCAUAGGGAAUAGGAGUUUAUAGUAUAAUGUAUCUGCAAAAAUAAGAGAGGAGUUUGCAUCUGUUAGUGCACCAAAUGGCUUGUGCUAGCAAACAUCUCUUCCUAGGGGCGGGUGCCCUGAACAUUCCCCCAGUAGGACUUUGUCAUCACCUCCUUCAAAUUUGAACGUUGUGAGUGCAAUCUGGCUUUUUUAAUGGAUUCUUUUACAAGACUUCAAAUGUUUAUAUAUCUUAUCAACUGAUAUGUGUGCUGAUAAUGAAUUGUGCCACUAUUACACUAACUUUCAUCAUAAAACAUUUUCAGUCCUUUCACAUUUUUUUUUUUAAAAAGACCCUUUGGGUUGAAAUGUCUCUUAUUUAUUUUCUUGUAAAGAAAAUACCCGCAUCUGGCUUAUUGUAACAGUGGUGGGUUUGUUUGUUUUUUCAUUAUUUAAGAAUUUUUUUCAAUUUGUUUGAGCUUGGAUAAAUAAAAUGUAAGUUCUUUUUAAAACUUCAAACUAACCUUGGUCUUCAUUCCUCAGUUUAGACAAUUAACCUCUGCCCUGCUAUGUUUGAAGAAAAUUGGUUUAGAACAAUCAUGGACUGAGAUCUUUGAUUUUCCACUAAUUGGGACAGUCGUUCAGGUAUAGGCACUGAUCCAUGUGCAUAGGAAGCACUGUGCAUUCAAAUAAAACUCAUCUUACAUUGUAACCUUGAUUGCUCAGUACUCUCAGGCCAGCCAACCAUCCCUCCUCCUUAACCCAUUCCUAGUCUAUGUUUACUUGAAUAUGAAAUCAUUACAGCAUACAAUGUGUACUUGCUCUGGCACAUGCUUUGCAUGCACAAUUUGAAAUUGGAAGCAUUAAUGCUGAAUAGAAUAUGGUUAGGCCAAGUAGGCUCCUUCCGAUAUCACUUUACAAGUAAUGUAAAGGACUCGGCAAGGUCUUGGUUGCCAUCUUGCUGAGUCCGUCUUGCUGCCAAUAUCAAAUUUUGUGUGCUCAGUAGGGGCACAAUUUAAUGUGAAUAUGCAUCUGUUUGAUUGUGCAACAGCAGUUAAAUUUACUAACACCAUUCUUUAUUUUAAAAACAAAUAAGGAAAUGCAAAAAAUUCUUAACCUGAUAUUAUUGCUGAGACUUUAGAUGCAAUAAUCAAGAAAUUCAAGGUUAUGGCUCCCAUAGCCACCAUAACUUUUAUCACCGGGGAGGAAGGAUGACUAAUUUUUGCUCUAUGCAAGCACAAUUUGGGAUUUCCUGACUUAGAUGUGUGUGAAACAAGCUUCUUUAAAAAGUGAGUAGGGACUGAGUAAGUGUGAUAGUUCCUAAUGCAAACUCUAAAAACAAUUAAACAAGUUCUAGGCCAUGUGACAGUACUCUUAUACCAACCCAGCACAAUUCUACUGACCCAGAUGGACUCCAUAAGGAACUACCUUCUGCCUCCAACUAAUAAGGAAAUACUCUACACAUUAGUCUCCCUCACAGUAUAACACUAAACCUUAAUUACAGCCUCAUGGUUCCAUCACAAACAUAUAAUACACAUGUGUAUGUCAACUCUGAAUAUUUCCCAUUGUUGCUGAGACUUGUGAUCUAACUGGAUCUGUAGUUUUGCAAUAGGGCUUCAUCCAUAUUGUUCUUGCUUUGCUUAGUAAACAUACAAAAGUGAUGGUGUCAAUACACAGAGGCUUGAGAGACUAGGACCUUGAUCCUGCAAACACUUAUGUAUGUGAUUAACAUUAAGCACAUGAUUACUCCCAUUGGAGAUAAAACUUCAUGCUUAACCACAAGCAUGUUUGCAGGAUCUGAGCCUAUGUGAUCAUUAAGCAAACACCAUAUGUGUAGAAUUGUUUCCUCAGUAAAGAGGUGCAGUUCUUAAACUGUCAGUGUCUUAAAUGAGAGCUACAAUACUGUUAUUGUAACGUAAUAUGUGAUUUUGGUACAAGAGUGAAAUAUUCUGUAUUUCAUCUUUGCAACUUUUGUUUGUAAACACCGUAACCUGAUAAACUGUAAAAGCAUUUAAAUGUGUACAUUUUGCAAGAAAUCUA